ACCCAUUCUUCAUCGAACACUCGCUCACGACGGUCAUACUACCUCCCAACCCCGGGGAGAGCUCGUUACGGAAGCGAAAAGUUGUGCACGUGCUAAUCUCCCGGCACUGAUUCGGAGCUCUGGGAACGAGGGUUAAACGAUCUCACCCCGUUUUGCAACAGUGCAGUUAAUCAACAUGACGACGAAUCCGGAGCGAAAAGUGAUCAAGAAUCUGGCGCAGUUGCCGAUCGAGGAAAAGGAACGCUUCUUCGAUUCCUUCGACAUGAUUCAAACGGACUGUGAUGGUGUGCUGUGGAUGCUGAGGGAUCCUUAUCCGGGCGUUGGCCAGGCCAUACAAGCGCUCCGGGGUAGCGGUAAACGGGUGGUGUACGUUUCGAACAACAGUGUCCGCACGAUGGCCGAUUACCGCGGCAAACUGGAACAGUUGACAAACGGGGCGCUGGAGGAGCGAGAUAUCAUCCAUCCGGCGAAGGUGAUCAUCGAGUUCCUGCGGUCGAGGAAGUUCGAGGGGCUGUGCUACGUCAUUGGCAGCUCCAAUUUCAAGCGCUGUCUCCGUGAGGUCGGAUUCCAGGUUCUCGAUGGGCCCGAUGAACCGGUGACGGAAUCGGUUGCAAUCGUGGCACCCAUCAUCGCUGAUAAGCAACCGGUGAAGGCGGUGAUAGUAGACUUCGAUUUCAACUGUAACAACAUUAAGCUGAUGCGGGCCCAGCUCUACCUACAGAGUGACGCCGACUGUUUGUUCGUUGCUGGAGCGAUGGACAAAAUACUACCGGUUGGGCCGGCCAUGCGGCUGCUCGGUCCUGGCUGCUUCGUGGACGUGUUGUCGCAGUCGACUGGCCGCAAACCGUACGUUCUCGGCAAACCGGGACAAGAGAUGGGCCAGGUGAUGAAACGAUUGCAUCCCGUGGACAAUCCGCGGCGUGUACUGUUUGUGGGAGAUCAGCCCGAGCUCGAUAUGAAGUUUGGAAGCGUUUCCGGCUUCCAGACGCUGCUCGUCGGUACGGGCGGUGUAACGCCGGAUGCUCUCGGAGGUGCGGAUCGAGAUGUGGAUACCAUACCGGAUUACUUCAUACCAGCAUUCGCCGAUCUGGAGCAGCUCGUGGUCGAUGUGCUCGGUUACAAGGCAAAGUCUUCUUUAUGAUAUGGACAGGAGAGAAGCGAAACUUCCGCGUUUGCAGUGUGGUACGGUGAUAUGUUUUACAUUGUUAUUCAUUUGGUAUCUGAUAAGAUGUGGAUGGUGAUACAUUUUUACGCUUUUACGGGACAUAGGAGCCAUAGGCGCGUAUCUUUUCGCAUGGUAAUGAGCUAGAGUCGGCGUCUAGGAACCGACUACACAUGUCAAAGAAGCUGCAUAUUUUAUCUUAUCAGGCCAUGCGAAAUCGAGAUUGCGUAAGGAAAGCUUAUCAACCAACCAUAGCAUUGCGAUUAUCUUAAAGUCGUAGGGUUCAUUUCUGGUACAAAUGCGGGUAGAAUGGAGUUGGUCAAUAUAGCACGAACAAGACAAUGGCGACAAAGACGAGACACAACAUUGUCGAGUGAUCUACCGAUCGUUGAUGAGGCGAGCCAAAGUGAAGAAGUAAGUCCCAUUCUGCCACACAGAA